AGUUUCUUUCCGUGUUUCCGCGUCGCUCGAGUCACAUGUAUUUCGCACUUUUAACGACUUUUUUCAUCCUGAUCACGCCAUUGCUCGUGUGGAUCGAGUAUCGGCGCCAAAGGCUUAAUGAUCGAUUUCGUUUGGUACCCGGACCUCCUCAACUUCCCAUCAUCGGGAGCAUUUAUUCCGUACGACCAAACAAAUUGACCGAAAUUGUCGAAUGUUUCGAUCAACUGAUGGUGGCGCCAACUGUCAAAUUAGUUUUUGGCGGGAAACUUUUGUUGUUUGUCACUGAUCCGAAUCAUUUGGCGCAAAUUUUUCCCACCAAAAUUUGGCUUGAACGUUCUUAUAUUUUUGACUUGUUUGAACUCAAAAGUGGCAUGUUGGCAGCUAAAUAUAAAUUUUGGAAGCCAUAUCGCAAAUUUACGUCUCACUGCUUCAGUCAACGAUCAGUUUUGGAUAUGAUUCCAACUUUUAACAAGCACGUGGAUAUUUUGUGUAAAAAAUUGGAAGAACAUGUCGAUGAACAAGUGUUUGAUUUUAACGAACUUACGAUAAAAAUGAGCAUCGAUCAGGUUUUAGAGAACUUAUUUGGAUGCAAAAAUCCAGAUCCAAGUAUUAAUGGCGAUGUUUUCGAGGAAUUGGAAGACGCCAUUUCUGCGCGGAUGAUUAAUCCAUUUUAUAUGCCUUGGAUCACGUUUCGGCUCUCUUAUAUGUACAAAAUUCACAAAUUGAGCCGGUAUAUGUUGAGGAAAGUCAUCCAACCAAUUGUGGAUGAAAAAUUGAAAGCUAUGAAAUAUGGAGAGAAUGACACGGAAAAGCCUACAUUUAUCGACGAAGUGCUGAAUUUCGAGUUUGAAGGCAAAAAAUUGGAAGGAGAGGAGUUGAUUGAGAAUUUGGGGUCGAUGUUUAUGGCGGGAUACGAAACCUCAGGCUUAACAGUCGCUUACGGAAUUCUCAUGCUCGCGAUGCAUCCCGAAUACGAAGAAAAACUUCUCAAAGAAAUUUUAGCCAACUACAAGCCCGGAACUCUCGUCGACUACGAAACUAUCAAAAACAUGCCUUACCUCGACAUGAUUGUCAAAGAAACCCUUCGUCAUUUUCCAGCAGUACCAAUUACGGAACGAGAAGCUCUCGCGCCAUGCGAAAUCCAGGGACUCGGAAAAAUCGAAAAAGGCGAAACAAUUUUAAUAAAUUUCCACAAAUUGCAUCAUUGGCCACAAUUUUGGGGCGAACACACCUUCGACUUUUAUCCGGAUAACUUUUUGCCGGAAAAUGUAGCGAAACGACAUCCGUACGCCUUUCAGCCGUUCAGUGGAGGUGCGAGAAAUUGCAUUGGCUUGAAUUAUGCAAUGAUGAGUGUCAAAAUUGCUUUGAUAAAAAUCUUGACUCAAUAUCAGUUUACGACAAAAAUGACGAUGAAAGAUCUGGUUUUGAAGUUCAGUAUCACGCUGAAACUGGACAACGGUCACAUGGUUCAAGUUAAAAAACGAGUUUUAGAAUAAAAAAAAAUCAUUUUC